AUGGUAUGUUAUAUUUGUUUACAACAUAAUGAUCAUAAUGUUGUAUCAAGUUCAUUGGAAACACAUGAAAUUAUACUUAAAUAUUCAAAUUUAUUUGAUUUUGAUCAAUUAUUAAUUUCAACCCAAAUUGGAUCUAUAGAAGAGAUUCGUUUUGCGCUAGCUCAACUUAUAGAUGAUAUUGAUUUUCGAAUAUUAACUUAUCUUGAACAACAAUUAAAACAACAGUACCCUGAUAUACGUGUUCGUCAAGCAAUUGCUUCGACUUUUGCUAAGUUUGUUGAUCACAAUUCAUUUUUACCAUGUCAAUGGAUAUAUAAAAUUCAUCAUUCAUUACAAGCUCAAGCAUCAACUGGAAUACAAAUUGCUUGUCAUUUUUGCCUUUUAUAUAGUCUUAAAAAAUAUAUGAAUACAAAUGAAAGUGAUUUUCAAGCUGCUGUACUCAAUUUACUUCAUUUUAUUUAUUGUAUUGCUGAAUUUCUUGUUAUGUUAUCACAUGAUACACUUCAUUCAAAACGAGUUAUUAAAAUGCAAGAUUUAAUAAAACAUUAUGAUUCAUUAUUAACAAGUGGACAUGAACCUGAAAUACAUGUUAUUGUUAAUAGUGUUCAAAUUGACGAUGAUAAAUGGAAACGUCUUUCACAACAAAUUGUCGAUUUACUUCUUGCUCAUUUACAAUCUCAGAAUCAAUCACUUUUGGAUAUUUAUUCCACACAAUUAACACUAUUUGUUGUUGUCUCAUCAGCUGCAUUACGAUCAAUUGAUCCAUUUGUUAUUGCUUUUCGAGCAUUAGGAAAUAGAAAUGUCCGUUGUUUUUAUUUAUAA